CUUUUGACAGUAGCAGGCACCCUGAAACAGAAGCUUCUUUUCACGUCUUGCCUGAACAUAUAUUUCAUACAUCUGCUAAACUAUGGUUCAAUACGAACUGCUAUAUUGGACUAUAAAGGGUCGAGGGGAAAUUGUCCGAGUGACUUUAGCGGCCGCUGGUCUGGACUUCAAAGAUACAAGGUAUACUCUGGAAGAAUGGCCCUCAUAUAAAAAUAGUUUCUACGGUAAAACCGUUUAUGAAGAAUACGUUAUUGAUGAAGUUGUAGAAUGUGUAAUGCAUAUUUUGAACGCUCUUAUUCAACUAGAAACCUGUACGGAAAGUUUGAAGAAGAAAGUGACAGAAAGAUACAAUGAAGUUUGUGAAAGAGUUCUUGAAUAUGUGGAAAGCAAGCUGGAACCUGGCCAGCUGUACAUAGUGGGGAAUUCCGUAAGUUUGAUGGUUAAAAUAUCCAUUAGCCAACCAACUUCUCCACCUACUAUUCCUAAUGCGUGA